GCUGUAUCCAUGGCAACCUGCUUGGCAACCAGGAGUCGGUUGGGCUGAGGCCGUGAACUCCCAACUGUCGGAAGGGACCCAGGCUGAGGUGGAGGAGUCUGGUUGGGGCUGUGAUCGUCUCCAGGGCGUUAACUGACGCACCCAGGUGAAGUGAGCACGCAGCCAGCAGGCGGUGGACUGCCAGCUGGGUUUCUGGGAAAUCACAGCUCUUGCUCUUUCAACCCCUCCCCUAUUUCCUGAGCGGAGUCUCCCCGGGCAGGUAUUUUCACUGAGGUCUAUGGACUCCUCCGCGGGGCCUGGGACGCCUUUGCCCAAAUACUGCAGUGUGGCCACGACCCUGAAGGCCCCUGCCUGGGCCGGCACCGCUCCUCCCUGGGACCUCACCUUCACCUGCCCCCUCGCCUGCCGAGCACCCUGGCUGACCCGGCACAGCCUCCUCACCAGAUACGCAUCUUACUACCCGUGUCUCCACAUUACUGACCCAGCAUGGCAGGGGCCUGGCUGGCUGGGAAGAGUUGGAGAGGCUGCUGACACAUGGGUCCUGGCAAGAAGGGAACCAGAUGGCUUUUAUUACAGGGCUCAGAUAAAGGCUGCUCCAGAGUUGGAGAGGCAGGGGGUCCUGCUGGUGGAAUUUGAGGCUCCUCUUGUCACAGGCCCAGAGCUGCCAGCCCAGCGGCAGAGCGUGGUCUUUGAGGAAGAUGUCAUUCAGUUCUCGCCAACCAUGGAAUACUCACUGCAACCUGGGGACAAGGUGCUGGCACCCUGGGGCCCUGACCAACAACGCUAUGGCCCUGGCACUGUUCUCUUGGGCUUGGAGGCAAGAGACCCCCAGAGAGCAUCCCCCAAAGAAGAAGAAAUUACUGUUCACUUCUGGAAUGGCAGGACAGCGCCAGUGCCUCUCAGAGGGGUCCAGUGGGUGCCCCCGGCUGUCUGGAAGAAGGCUAUGGACGGGCUGCACAAGCCUUACACCAGGGAGUACCCCAGGCCCCUCGUCUGGGCCCCUUGCUGCUCUCUGGUGGGGCCGGUUGCUGGAUUGGUCACCAGUGGGCUUCCUUGGAGCCCUCCAUUCCUGUGUGCUCCCUGCUACCCACAUGCCAGCUGUCAGCUGCUGGUCCAGGGCUGCCUCUGCUGCUGCCCCCUGGCUGGACCCACCUGGUGGCCUCUAAUCAGGACCUCAGGGGUCGCAGCCAGAGAACCUCCAGAAACGGAGCUGAAGCCCACAGCCCAGCUUUUGCCCCUGGAGAGUCCUAAGGAGGAAGAAGUGGCAGUGCAGGCUGCCAUGGCUGUUUCCUCCUCCUCCACCGCCUCUUCUGAAGACGAGGAUUUGGAGAAUGAGCUGGAGAUGAGCCCCCCUCAGAGGCUGCUGGUGGACAGCACAGUCAACACGGACCCCAUCCUUCUCGAGAAGUCUCCGAGGAAGCAGGGUGGCCUCUGCCAGCCAGAGUGGAGGUACUGGAGGAGAAACGGGCCUGAGCCGCACCCGGGGAAGCCAGGAAUAAGACUUUGCAGCACCCAGAAAGAUGAGAAGAGCAACAGACAGCAGAGAGAGAAACCUGCUGCAGCGGGGAGUCCCGGAGAGCUGGCCCUGGACGUCACUGGCAUGAAGCCGCUGCAGAUCCUGCCCAAGGAAGCCGAACGCAGAAAACUGAGUCAGGGUGCUGCUGCACAUCAGGGGGGCCAGAACUCCCCCUAGACUAAAAGCCCCACGGAUCAAGGAAGCUAAAGAGUAGAGGUGGAGCUACAGAGUGGCUGACAAGGCACCCUUCAGCAGAAAUGGCAGAGUCAGGGCCACAGAUGACAGUCCAGUGAGCAGCAGCAUCUUCACCUGUCCUGAGGGGCACAGGAGUGAGGUGCCCAGGGCUCCCUGCCAGGGGCCGGGUGAGACCUGCUUGAGGAUGCCUCUUCCACAGAGGCUACAGAACAUGGUUGGCCUGCUUUGGGCAAACGUGUCCACAGCCUCUCUGCUAUCUUUUCAUAAAGCCUCAAUUGUACAAGAGUGACGUUUUGUUUCCCUUCUUAAUGCCAAUAAAAAGGAAUUUUCUUCAUUU